AAGAACUAGCUUCCGAGAAGACGAAGAUACAGUUACAAGCAUCGAUGGGGAGAAAACGCAGCGUUACAUCGGAGUCGUCGUCGCCGUUCGAUUCCUUGCCGGAGGAUUGCAUCUCCAACAUAAUCUCUUUGACAAAUCCACGCGAUGCGUGCGUCGCUGCUACAGUUUCGAAAACGUUUGAAUCGGCGGUGAAGUCAGAUAUUAUAUGGGAGAAGUUUCUUCCGGCGGAGUAUGAAUCUCUGAUUCCUCCAUCUCGAUCUUUCUCAUUGAAGAAGGAACUCUAUUUCUCUCUCUGUAACGAUCCUGUUCUAAUCGACGAUGACAAAAAGAGCGUCUGGUUAGAGAAAGCGAGUGGGAAGAGGUGUCUGAUGAUAUCUGCAAUGAACCUCUCAAUCAUAUGGGGAGAUACUCCAAACUAUUGGCAAUGGAUUCCAAUUCCUGAAUCUAGGUUUGAAAAAGUAGCGAAGCUUGUUGAUGUAUGUUGGUUCGAGAUUCGUGGCAGAACGAAUGCUCGUGUCUUAUCUCCAAGAACUCGUUACUCGGCUUAUAUUGUGUUCAAGAAAGUGGAAUGUUAUGGCUUUCAGAAUGUGGCCAUAGAAGCUGCAGUUGGAGUGGUGGGACAGGAACCUUCUAGAAGAUUUAUAUGCUUUGAUGAAGCUAUAAGGAGAUACGGGGGAAGGAGGAACUUUGUGAAACCUAAGCAGAGAGAAGAUGGGUGGAUGGAGAUAGAGCUUGGGGAAUUCUUCAUUGAAGAAGGAAUAAUGAAUAGUGAUGAAAUUGAGAUGAGUGCUUUAGAGACUAAGCAGCUCAAUUGGAAGUGUGGCUUGAUCAUUCAAGGAAUUGAAAUCCGCCCUGCAAAAAUCCUCUAAAGUAAUGCCGCAGAACAACACGAUUAUCGGCUCAUCUAUUGGUAUUAUUGGUGGAGUGAAGACUGAAGAGGUAAAUUCCAAUUGAUAAAAGUAUUUUCCUAAU